UUUGCUGUAUCUUCACACGUCUUCCAGGUCUGGUCUCCUCCUCCCUCCACGUGUCACUGAUGGGCCUCCAUACAUCCAGCUCUCUUUUAAACGGCACCGCGAAGCUCAGCCAGCAGAACCACCGGAGCUGCUGGAGCUGAUCUUCCUCCUGGACUCUGAACAUGCGAAGCUGCACUCCUCCCCAUCCACCAUGAGCCACGCCUCCUCCAGCUCCUCCCUGGUGUCUCUGGACUCCAGCGUGUUCUUCAGCGACACGCCGGUGUCCUGCGUCAGAGAACCACUCGACUUCCUGCUGGUGAAUGUCGGUGGGCAUUGCUUCGUUCUGUCGCAGGAGCUGCUGGCGUCACAUCCGGAAACCCGACUAGGGAAGCUGGCGUCCUGCAGUCGAGACUCUGUGAUGGAGCUCUGCGACGAUGCCGACCUGCUGCGGAACGAGUUCUUCUUCGACAGAAGCUCUCAGGCUUUCCAGUACGUGAUGAACUUCUACCAGACUGGUCACCUGCAUGUCAGCGAGGAGCUUUGUGAGAUCUCCUUCCUGCAGGAGAUCCAGUACUGGGGCAUUGAUGAGGUCCGGAUCAGCACCUGUUGCCGCGAGCGCUACUACCGCCGCAAGGAGCACAAGGAGGCGCUCGACCUGCGGCCAGACCUCGAGGACGACGAUGACGACGAGGACUUUGUGGGCGCCGCCUGCCCGGCCAUCCGCCGCCGCCUCUGGGACCUUCUGGAGAAACCGGAGUCCUCACGGGCCGCCCGAACCUUUGGCUCGUUGUCGAUGUUCUUCGUGGUGGUGUCGGUGAUCAACAUGGUGCUCAUCUCGCUAGACUUUGGGGAGGAGUUCGGUGUCAGUCCUCCAAUGCUGUUGGAAGCGAUGGAGUACGUGUGCGUGGUUUGGUUCACGGCUGAGCUGGCGCUGAGGUUCCUGUGCGUCCGGAACAAGUGUCGGUUCAGCCGGAGUAUCCCCAACGUCAUCGACCUCAUGGCUAUCCUGCCGUUCUACGUCACUCUGGCCGUGGAGAACCUCCACGGAGGUUCCACCGAGCUGGAGAACAUGGGCCGAGUGGUGCAGGUGCUCCGCCUCCUCCGGUCGCUGCGCAUGUUAAAAUUGGGACGACAUUCCACAGGUCUGAAGUCUCUGGGUAUGACCAUUGCUCAGUGCUAUGAGGAGGUUGGCGUCCUGCUCCUGUUCCUCGGCGUUGGCAUCUCUAUCUUCGCAGCGGCGGUCUUCGCCCUGGAGUACGACCUUCCGGCCACCACCUUUACCAGUGUUCCAGCCGCCUGGUGGUGGGCGACCACCUCCAUGACCACGGUGGGAUAUGGCGACGUGCGCCCCGACACAGCGGUGGGAAAGGUUCUGGCCUUCCUCUGCAUCCUGUCCGGCAUCCUUAUCCUGGCACUGCCCAUUGCCAUCAUCAACGACCGCUUUUCCGCCUGCUACUUCACACUGAAGGUGAAGGAGGCGGCGGUGCGACAUGGCGAGAUGCUGAAGAGGCUGAACCGUGGAUCGAUCGGGGAGACGGGGUCUGUGGGAGGCGGAGCCAACCUUAGGGACAACUACGCUCGCAGCGUCCUGGAGAUGCUGAGGUUGCAGGGCCGAGAGAGGGCGAGCACCCGGAGCAGCGGAGGUGAGGAGCUGUGGUGGUAGAACCAGGAGAACUAGAAGAACCAAAGAACGAGAUCUGCAGAGGAAAAGAACUGUGGUGAUAGAACUGGGAGAAACAGGACAUUGAAGAACCAAACCUGUAGCAGAAAGGUUUGUUCUUGUUGGUAGAACCAAAGAUCCAGAUCUGCAGAGAAGAAGAGCCGGGAUAAUAGAACCUGAACCUUCAAAGACACACAGAACAACCACAAGCAAACAUGUUCCAGCUGUGUUCUUCAGUUUGUGCUUCAGCUUUACACAUCUAAGUGUGUUCUUGUAUAAAUGUUCCUGACAUUUUUCAGGUUUUCACAGUCACUUUGUGUAAAUCCGUAGUGUUCUCAGAGGAACCUUUGUCAAGUGAAACUCUUAAAACUGUGACUGUGCUUCAGGAGAACUCAUGUCUUUGUACCAACAACCUGAAGAACCACAGCAUGAAUUUAUGGUUGUAUCAAUAACAUGAGCUGAGAUGUUCCUGCAGCCGCCAACCUCCACCUGUAGAAGCAUGACCUCUAGAACCUGAGUUCCUCAUGUGUUCCCCUGUGUCAUAGCAGAACGUAAACCAGCAGACAGGUGGAGGCGAGUGGUCGAGGUUUGUCUUCUCACUGAUCAGCUAUUUGUUAUUGUGAUUCUUCAUUAACACGUUUAUAGACACAAAUGUCUUAAUGCUGUUGAGCUUUACUCUGUUUUGUGUUUUUGUUCUAUUUUAUGAAGGUUUUAAAUCUAUUUUUAUUUGAUUAUUAAUUGUUAUUUUAUUGAAUUAUUUCAUUAUUUUAUUCAAAAAAGUUUUUCUUAUUUUAUGAUUUUUUUGCUUGUUUUAUAUCCAAUUUUAGAUGGUCUUUGUUGCUUUAUUGUGAUUUAUUGCCUUGGUUUUCAAUCUAAAUAUAUCUAAUUUUAAUUACUGAAUUUUUCAUUUUACAUUCUUAUCUAAUUUGUGUAGUUUUUGUUUGCACAUUUUACCUUUAAUUCUUGUUUUAAUUCUUUGUUGUAUUGAAGCUUUUAACGUGUGGUUUUUAUUAUUUUAUUGUGUACUUAUAUUUUAUCUGUGAUUGUUAUGAUGGUUUUAUUUUCAUGUUCUGUCUUUUAAUAUAUUGAUUGUUUAAAUGUAGUUUAUCUCCCUAUCCCCACUGAGCUGUAUGAUAGAUAGAUAGAUAGAUAGAUAGAUAGAUAGAUAGAUAGAUAGAUAGAUAGAUGCUGCAGCAGUUUGUCCUCGUCUGUUUCUGUUGCAUUGUGUUGUUUGAAUAAAGUUGCAUUUAAAAUAA